UGCGUGUGGGUGUGUGUGUGUGUGUGUGCGUGCGAUGACACACUGUGCCGGUUAGUCAGAGUGGAAAAUAUGCGGCCAUAAAGCCAUUGCCCUUGAUUUUCCUGCUCUGUCGAUCGCCCUCAGACACAAACAGGAGCAAAGAGAGGGAGAGAAAGAGACUACGAUCCAGCCUAUUGGAUGUCGUUUUGUGUGUCCCGCCCCCUUUUCCCUCUGAUUGGCUGGGGGCGAACAAGCCCCAGCACCAAGCUCAGGAAAACUGAAUGGGGAGAGCUCUCUGCCAAUGGGAGCGCAGCAAGCGGCUCGUGCGUCAGCCGAUGGCACGCGCUCAUAUAAGCAGCUGUAGAGCAGGCGAGAGACAGACAGAGAGAGGGAGAGGAUUACAGGCUCUGACACACGCACACGCGUGCAAACGUCUCUCCAUUUUGGUGUCAUUUUGGGGGAAAGCGAUCGGUGAGCGAACCACAGCUUGAGUAAUUGAAAGAGGAAGCGUUUGUGGACAGAAGGUUGGGCUGCGAGUUCCCCGAUUCCCACCACGACCCAGAAUCCUCUGCUUCAGGCGAGACAGACUAAGACAGGAGAAGACGAAGGAGGAGAUAGAGGAGACAAAGGAGAAGCAGGAGGAGUAGCAGAAGAAGAAGAAGAAGAAGAAGGAGGCGGACCCUUUUGCAUUCGCCAAUACAGGAAGUCCGUGCACCGUCCAUUUCCUGGCCCGCACCGCCACCCUGGGGAAGGCAACGGCGCCCACCCCCCCCCGACGACCCCUGACCCCGCGGCCCCUCCCCCUCCUCCACCACCCCCCCCGCCACAGAAGGCGGAGCUACGCUGUAGCCCCGCCCCUAGCUGCCGUCGCCAUGCACAUCAAGACAACCAAAUGCAGCCGCUACUGCCUGGUGGCCUCGACCGCCCCCCCGGAGCUGUUCGACCGCCCCGACGCCCAGGCCCGUUUUGAGGGGCUCUUCCGCUCCUUCGACCCCCAGGUCCAGUUCCAGUACUUCCGGUCAUUCCGGAGGGUCCGGAUCAGCUUCCAGGACGCUCUCGCCGCGGCAGAGGCUAGGCUCCGCCUCCACAAGACCGACCUCAACGGCCGUGAGAUGAGGCUGUACUUCGCCCAGUCGGUCCACAUCGGCGGCCCCCACCUGGAGCCCCCCAAGCCGGACAAGCAGUUCCUGAUUUCCCCGCCGGCCUCGCCCCCCGUGGGCUGGGAGCAGUCCCCAGAUGCCCGGCCUGUGGUCAACUACGACCUGCUCUGCGCCAUCGCCAAGCUGGGCCCCGGUGACAAGUACGAGCUCCACACGGCCACGCCCACCACCCCAAGCGUGGUAGUGCAUGUGUGCGAGGACGAUCACGCCGACAGCUCGGGCCCCGACGACAGCGACCAUGACGACAAGCCCCGCCCCCCCCGGCCCAAGAUUAUCCAGACGCGGCGGCCCGACUUUGUGGGCGGAGUCAAGCAUUGAGCGGGUGUGCUUUCACCCUCCCCUCGCGCCGGGGGGGAGGGGGAGGGGCUCCCCCGUGUCCGACCGAAACGGUCAGCUUUUAAACAAUUAGUUCGGGUUCGAGGUUCAACAGGUCAAGAGCCGCGUAACAAAAAUCGGAAAAAAAUGAAGAUCGGAGGAAAAACUUCGGAAAAAGUAUUGGAAAGCUCGCUCCGGAGUUAACGUGGAGAUGAGCGACGACGGACCUGUAAGACAAAUGUGCAUUUCAACGCGAAAACGGGGGGACGGACUGUAGAGAUCAGAGAGAGGAGGUGAACGUAGUUUAACCAUAAAGUCCAUUCAUGUUUGCGUUUCUGAUCCCUCGACACCCCCCCCCCCCUUGUUGAAUGGACAUCAGGUGACACCAAAGUCUGACAGACGGUAACAGGGCGAAGAGUCUGUUUUGAAGUUCUUGACGUUCGUUUUUAGACUAUUGGUUUUUCCUGACUGGGGAUUAGUUCGGUGUUCGGACACUGUUCCGAACUUUGCUUAUUUAGGAGGCAGGUUUGAUCAGAAGGUUUUUGUUAUUUUUAUGUUUUAAUAAUAUCUCUGGUUGGUUUUGUUGACACUUUAGACGACCGGAGAAAUAUCACAAACUUAAUUGUUUUUGUGUCGGAUUUCAUACCAUUUCUAAUAUGUUUGCUACAUUUUUUCUUUUAACUAGUGCUACGAUAUAUACCCGCGGGGGGGCAUUUUGUUUGUUUCACAUCAAACCCCCUUGUACGAUAGAUAAACGUAACGAUUUUAAAGGAUACUUUCUAUGUUGUGUUGUAGGUUAAUCUAUAAAACUAGGGCUAACCCUUUUUCGGCUUAUUCUUGGGCUUACGUUUUGAGCAAGCGACCACAGUUGUGGCGCAUUGACCACAUUUAAAGGCACUGUGUUCAGACAUAAAAACUGAAAUGCUGGCGAGGACUGAGUUUAAAUCUGUAAAAUCUCUGAAUUCCGAUUCCGAAUUUGCUGGAAGUUUGUUUCUCAUCAUAAACACAAAAGCGUCAUGUAUGUAAAAGUGUAUUUCUAAUAACCAUUUGUACAAGACCACUGUAAAGAGGGAAACUUGCAGAGUGUGUGUGUGUGUGUGUGUGUGUGUGUGUGUGUGUGUGUGUGUUGUUAUGCUAAAGUUUCCAUCCCCUGUCCUCCUCCCGCCAAAAUAAAACAAAUUAGCACGAUUGUAUAAAGUGGAAAGAAAUAAACAAUUUGCUAACGAUUUGAAUGUAGAUUACUUUUGUUACAGAGUGCUACAUUUACUAAACGCCGCCCGUAAUAAAAUACUUAUUUAUGAAACGGUGUUGUUUGUAUUCCACUGUUGUGAGUGUGAUUAGCCGUUACAAGCCAUUUGAAAAAUCUGCCUCUUCUGAAAUCAAGUGUCGGUGUGUCCAACUAGAUGUAUGACGGAUAGAUAAGCAAUAUUUGCUACAGUCCACUGCUCAUACAGUCUAUGAGGCUUAUAGACUGAUCUAUCAAGCGAUUUUUUUAAACGGCUUGUAACGGCUAAUCUCACUCACACUGUGUUAUAGUAUGUCACCUUUAAAAAAAGCUACGGGCACAAAGACUUCAUCGAGCUAAACGCAAAAUAAAUACGACUUUGGCUAAUGUUUAAGUUCUACUUACUUUUGUUUUGACUUGGGGUGGGGGGAAAAUUGAAUAUUUUACGGUUCGACCACCACUGUGUUCAUGGUUGGAAGAGGGGGUGGACAUUAUUGUGUCUGGAAGCGAUUUCACUGUUAGAACACUGGGGCAUCAGAAGUUUUCACCCCGGGAUGGUACUGUGAAAAAGCAUGUGACAACAGCGUGAAAGACCCCCCCCCCCCCCCCACACACACACACACACAUCAGGUUGGAUCGGUUCAUUUACCUUCAGCACAGCUGUUAUUUAAACUGAUUUGUUUUUCGGAUUUUUUCAUUGAAUAAAUACUUGACUUAUCAAACUCGA